UACAAAUAAAGCUAUUAUUCAAGUAAGUUUUAGCUGAUUUCAAUAACAUUUCAACAGAUUAAAUUAGUUUCAGUCCACAAAAGCUCGUCAAACCGUUCGGUUUCUUGUGUAUAAGUAGUGUAUGGGUAUUCAAUCAUCAGGGUCCAUCAAUAACGAUCGUAAAAUUUAAAACAAAAUUGAGGCAAUACGAAAAUUUAAAUAGAAUUCUCAAUAGAAUAAAAUUCAAUCAAUGAAAAUCAAUUUGAUUUGGGUUGCUUUAGCUUUUUUCGCCGCUCAAGUACUCGCUGAAUAUUUGGAUAUUGAUCGCCUUGAAAAAUAUCCGCACAUUGGCGCUUGCUAUUAUUAUACCCACAAAAACAGUGGAAAAUGUAACUUAACGCUCGUUUGCCUCGAAAGUAGUCGACAACAUGACUUUUUUACACCGAGUGUUAAGUCAAUCUGCUUAAAUCAGGCUUAUCAGUUCAAUAACUGUUGCAAGGAAGGCUAUGAAAAAGAUUGGAUAGGCAGCAUUAGUUUCACGAACUGCAAACAACCAGAGCUCCCUAAAAACGUCUUUAAAGUGUAUCAAAAUAUUCACACUUUCAAUAUGUCAUAUCUUGGAUUAGAAACGGUGCCAGAUGAUCUGUUUUCGGAUGCUGCAAAAUUGAUUAGAUUAGAUUUGUCGAGUAACCGAAUCGAUACUUUGGCAGAAAAGGCAUUCGAAAAAUGUCAGAAAUUAGAGCUAUUAAAUUUAUCGGGAAAUAUCUUGAGCGAAAUUAAAUUGGGAGUUUUUUCAAGUUUAACGAACUUGCAAACACUCGACUUAUCUGAAAAUCGAUUGAAUACGUUGGAUAUUAAUGUUCUCUCGAUGCAGUUGGAUCAAAUGAAAUUGCUUUCAAUCAGGAAUAAUCAACUGCAAGAGCUUAAUGGAUUCAACAGCACGCGUAUUGUUAACAUGAAGAUCGUUGGCAUCGACAGCAAUCGAUUCAAUUGCUCGUAUUUGAAAACUCUGAUCCAAUCAAUCAAUCGGACACACUUGGACGUCGUAUCAAACCGAAAUGAAUGUAGCCCGGGCAAUGGAUUACCAACUAAUUCAGGUAAUGAAUUGACAACUUUAAAUCCAUUAAAUAAAAAGGUGGACGAAACGAUUCAUGAAAAUUUCAAAAGCCAAAAUGAAGAUUCAAGGAAUUCAACGCAAACAAUUUUGUUAAUUAUCAACACAACGCUUCUAUUAAUCAUGACAAUUACACUUAUCAGUGCACUCGUUUGGAUGCUGAUUCGAAAACGAUCGCAGAAAAUAGAUAUCUUUCCGCAAGUUACUUACCGUCGAAAUGUUCAACCACCAAAAUCCAUUGAACAAAACGAAUACGAAGAAAUACGAAAUAACAUCACUGAACCGCCAGCGUAUCUUGAGCCAUUGGCAUGAGCUAUACCAUGAGCUGUCAAUAUUGUUAAGUGUAGCUUAAUUCGUUUCAUAAAUGACUUCCAAAGAUUAUUAAAUUUAAAAAAAAACUGUUGAUAAGUAAGCUUAAAAUUUGCACUCUG